AUGAUUGCCAAAGUCUUGAAACUAGGGUUUCUAUUCCUAUUGGUAACUUCCCACAAGACACUUCCAUUCGCAUAUGUGGUGAGAUUCUACUAUCAUGCCAUCCAAGGAUUCUUCCUUUCGCGCCUCAAAUAUCUCGCUACUAAAUCAAAUUCGUUCGGAUAUAACUCCCCCAAAGAUCUCUUCACUUGGGUGACUUUGCGCUCCCAUGCAUCGCCUUUGGAAAUCGAUAUGUACAUGCAUAAGCUGAAUUCAACAUAUUUCCUCGACUUGGAUAUCGCUAGAACAAAGUUGUUGACGAGAUUACUCCAAAAGUUUUGGUGGGCGUGCUACGAUAAUGACCAAGGGAAAUUUAAAUCGAAACACACAUUAAGUAACAUUCCUUAUACGCCCGUUGCUACCGUACAAUGUAGAUUCAUCAAAGAAUUAAAACCAUUUCAAAAGUACGACAUAAGCUCAAGAAUUUUGGCUUGGGAUGACAAGUGGUUAUUCGUCUUGUCUAAAUUUGUAACCAAAAAGAAGGGCGAAGAAGUCAUCAAUGCUAUUGCAUUGACCAAGUAUGUAUUAAAGAAUGGCAGAAUCACGGUGGCUCCAAAAGAAUAUCUUGAAAUUUGUGGGUUCUUGAGUGAAGAAAACGACAAGAUCAACCAAAAGAACUACCAAUUGGUUACUUCUUUAGUAGAUGUACAAGAUUUAGAGAACGUUGCCAAGGUAAUGGCAUAG